AUGUUAAUAAAACAAAUAAUGAAAUCGUGGCUCGCUAUACUUUUAUUUGUUGCGACAACUCCGCUCUUUCAAAUUGUUGCUUCUCAACAGGUUAAUACACAAGGCAUCGGGUAUCUUGAACAAGAAUUAUCUCCAAAGGAGAAGCCAACGGAAAUUCCUGAUUUUCAAACUGCUGUGCCUCAAGAUAAAAAAUUGAUGGUUCAAAGUCUUUGGACCAUUUUUUUACCUAUAUUUUUUUUGCCUAAAUGUUUUUAGCCAUUUUUUUGGCCAAUUUUUAUAAUAUAACUUCUAUUAAAAUUGAUUGAAAAUCACUUCGAAAUAGUCUAUAUGAAAUUAUUUCCAAAGCAAAUGUCCCGAAAAAAGGUUGAAAAUAAAUAAGAGAAAAAAAAAUAGAUGUUAUGAAAUAGUUGUCGCGUGUGAAGACACCGAUUCAAAGUCUUUCUGUGAGUAUAUACACUUUUCACCUGAAAGUGUGCUGAUUGAAGAGUCUUCAAAGGAUUGGAAAGUUAAAGAGCUGUUUGUCCAUAAUAUAUAUUCCUUUGUAAUUCUGAUUGUCAUUGCUGUCUUAUCUGGAUUUUUCUUACUUUUUUAGUAGUUUGGGAAAUUAUAAUUAAAUUUUGAUAUUUUUUUUUAUUUUUUAAAUAAAUCCUUAAUUUUCCCCUAAUAUUACUAUUUAAUAUACCUUAUUAUAAUAAGCAAAAGUAUUUCUAAUGAUUAGUUAUUAUCCCAUUUAUAUUUUUAAUAGAUAAACUAUGCCAGUAAGAAUGCUUAUAUUUACUUCAAUUAGGAGUCUAAAAAUAUAGCAAUACAUUCAAGAGUUAGGAAAUUCUUACAAGUCAUGCAGAGUUGAGCUUGAACCUUCAGCGAUAACUUUAUCACCUCGAAGAAGAUGCAUAUCUGAAAAAGAAAAGCAAACUUUAUUCGAGUUCAUGAAGGAAAAUAAAAGUUCCCCAAAGCUGACAAAAGAAAAGACCUGCCAACUUACAAUAAGAAUUAACUGUGAUGCUUCGAUUGAACCUCUCACAAACUUCACUUUGCAUUUACCUUCAAAUAGUAAAAGAGCCAAAAAGCAGGAGUCUUCAGCUGAUCAUCUUCUGAAAGACAGUGUAAAUAAAUAUGAAAAACUCCUUCAAAAUGGACAUGGUGCCCGAAACUUUGAGGUCGUUUCAAUGCUUGGAAGAGGUGGCUUUGGAAGUGUAUAUAAAGCCCGCCACCUUCUUGAUGAACAAUUCUAUGCAAUUAAAGUUAUAAAGAUCCAAGUUGGAGUAAAUCAAAAUUUAUACGAGCAUAAAGCCUUUAGAGAGGUUUUAUCAAUGAUGCAGCUUAAUUCAAAGCAUGUGCUAAGGUAUAUCUAAUGAGAAUGAUAAAGGCUUAAUCCUGAAAACCGUUAUCUUAUUAUUAUAUAAUAAAUUGACAAUCAGUAAAAUGUUUUCAUUCAUUCUUAUAGGUAUAUUACAAUUGUUGGCUGGAAAGUGAAGGAGAACAUAAUAUAAGAUCAUAUGAGCCAACAAUGGAAGAUGAAGAAAGUGAAUUUUCAGAAUCAAGCAGCUCUUCAAGCUUAGCAUCAUUAUCCGAGCCUUACUUCAACCUAAAUUUGAACAUUCAAAUGGAAUACAGCAAAGGAUGCACUCUUAAAAAUUGGCUAGAAAGACCAGAAAGAACAAUUGAGAGAAAAUCAAAUUGCCUUAUUUUUAGGCAGCUCUUAAAAGGAGUCUUGCAUAUUCAUCAAAACAACUUCAUUCAUAGAGACUUGAAGCCUGCCAAUAUCUUCAUUGAUAAAGAUUUUUGUGUAAAAAUUGGCGAUUUCGGCCUUGCUGUCAUCAAUAAUUAUUUGGAAGCUGAACCAUUAACUCCUCUUGAUACAACCCACUCAACAAAUGUAGGAAGUCCACUGUACUUAGCCCCAGAACAAGAGAAUGCCUUAAACUAUGAUGAAAAAGUCGACGUCUACCCACUUGGCAUGAUAUUGCUUGAACUGUGUGUAAAAAUAGAAACAGAUCAUGAACGAUAUUUACUAUUGAAAAAUCUUCGACAUAAGCAUAUGCUCCCUGAUGAAGUCAAAGAAAAAUUCGGAGUUGAGAGUCAAAUAAUCCUUUGGAUGACUUCAAAAAAUCCGAAUGACCGUCCAUCAGUCAGCGAUAUCAUGAAAAGCGAACUCAUGCAAACAUGGGAAAGCGAAUUUCAGCUUUCACCUCUUAGUCAUAAUAUAUAA